AAAAAAAUAAAACCGAAGAAAUGAGAAUAUGCUUCGGCAUAUCUAGCGUGAUUCAUCUCUCUCGUCGUCGUCUCGUCUAAGUCCCCAAGAGGAGAGACCAGAAGAAUCUCAAGGAAAGGCCCUCACUUUAAAACUCUUUCAAUCUUCUCCGACUCUGAGCAAGUUCCAAAGCGCUCACUUUUCAAAGCUUUCAGCUGUGAAUGUGUUUCUGAUACAGUCAAGAACAAACCUUUUGAAAAUGGCGCAGCUACUCUCAUCUCCAUGCCCUUCAGUUAUCUCCCUUAGCAGCAGCAGCAAGAACUCUGUUAAACCGUUUGGUUUAAACCAAACCUUCUUCAACCGUCCUCAAGUCCUUUCAACAUCUUCUCUCAAAGGAAUUCUCUUCCAAGAGAAGAAACCAACAAGAGGAAGAAGAAGCUGCGUUUUCCGAGCAGCUAUAAGCCAGCAAUCACCAUAUUCUGAAACAUCUACCAACGACUCAUCAUCCUCUAAACCAAAACGUGUUAUGGUCAUUGGUGGAGACGGUUACUGCGGCUGGGCCACUGCUCUCCACUUAUCCAAAAAGAACUACGAAGUAGCCAUUGUUGACAACCUCGUGAGACGUCUCUUCGACCACCAGCUCGGACUUGAGUCGUUAACUCCCAUAGCUUCCAUCCAUGACCGUAUCAGCAGAUGGAAGGCCUUGACAGGGAAGACAAUCGAGCUAUACGUUGGAGACAUAUGUGACUUCGAGUUCCUAGCUGAAUCCUUCAAGUCCUUUCAGCCGGACUCAGUCGUCCACUUCGGUGAACAACGCUCUGCUCCUUACUCGAUGAUAGACCGUUCUAGAGCCGUGUUCACGCAGCACAACAACGUCAUUGGCACUCUCAACGUCCUCUUCGCUAUCAAAGAGUUUGGAGAAGAGUGCCAUCUUGUGAAGCUAGGGACGAUGGGGGAGUAUGGAACUCCGAAUAUCGACAUCGAGGAAGGCUAUAUAACGAUAACGCACAAUGGGAGGACUGAUACUUUGCCGUACCCGAAGCAGGCUAGCUCGUUUUAUCAUCUCAGCAAGGUUCACGACUCGCACAACAUUGCGUUUACUUGUAAGGCGUGGGGGAUCAGAGCUACUGAUCUCAACCAAGGAGUUGUUUAUGGUGUGAAGACUGAUGAGACUGAGAUGCAUGAGGAGCUAAGGAACCGGUUGGAUUAUGAUGCUGUGUUUGGUACGGCUCUUAACCGGUUUUGUGUGCAAGCGGCUGUUGGUCAUCCGCUUACGGUUUAUGGUAAAGGUGGUCAGACAAGAGGGUACCUUGAUAUAAGAGACACGGUCCAAUGUGUUGAGCUAGCUAUAGCGAACCCGGCAAAGGCUGGUGAGUUCAGAGUAUUCAACCAAUUCACAGAACAGUUUUCAGUCAACGAGCUAGCGUCGCUGGUCACUAAAGCUGGUUUAAAGCUGGGGCUGGACGUGACAAAGAUGACUGUGCCUAACCCGAGAGUUGAGGCGGAAGAACAUUACUACAACGCAAAGCACACAAAGCUGAUGGAGCUUGGACUCGAGCCUCAUUAUCUCUCUGAGUCACUUCUUGAUUCGUUGCUCAACUUUGCCGUUCAGUUUAAGGAUCGUGUGGACACAAAGCAGAUCAUGCCUAGUGUUUCUUGGAAGAAGAUUGGCGUUAAGACCAAGUCUAUGGGCGCCUAAAUAUCUCCUAUUUUAUUUUGUUCAAAACUUUGACUAGCUUUCGAUAAAAGUGGGAAGAAUUUCGUUUUGUGAUUGAGGAAAUUUUCAAACAAGUAAAAUUGCAAUUUAUGUUUUAUAUAAUGACAAA